AUGAAUCUGCCAUUUUAUAAAAAGAGUUUUAGAUGUUGGAUAUGUUUGGAAGACAAAGAUACUCGGUUUAACUUUUCCUCUUGGACGCAUCAUGAAUGUGGAUGCAAUUUACAGGUACACAACAAAUGUUUGGUAAGGUGGUUGUUUGCAACAAACAAGAAGACAUGGUUAGAAUAUGGUCCAAAUGACUACUACAAUAUUCAAAACAUUAAUGAGUUAAAGAGACGAACGUGCUAUGUGGUUGAUGAACACAAAGACUUUCAAACUGAUGUUGAUUUGGCGGAAACUGUGCAAACCAUACCUGCUGUAGGACAAACGUGGGCUUCAUUCAUCUGUUUGGCAGAGAUUGCUGUAAAUAUGAUAUUCCGAAUAUCUGAUGAUAGGUUAAAUGAAAACAACCUUUGGCGAGGUAUCCCUAUUGAAAGUGUGGACUGUCCCCAAUGUAAGAGAAGCAUCAAAAAGGGACAAAUCAACUGGAAUAGCGGAUCUUUGAUGCUACGUGCCUUUAAGUUUUACAAGACGGUUUCUAAAUAUUCCUCUGUCGCUUUUCUCUUUUGGUUUCUCUAUAAUAACCCACUGAAACAGGCAUUUAAAGUUGGAUUGUAUUCUCUAAGAUAUAUAUUUCCUGAGAGUAUUUUACAGAAAUUGUUGAAUACUUCAACUACCAAGGCAUUAGAUGUGUAUACGGAUUCUGUGGACGGGAUAGAUUGCAUUCCUUCGGGAACUAGGUUCACCAUCCUGGGUUUUCCAUUGUAUUUGUUCAGUCAGGUAUGUUUGAAUACACCAGUGGGGUAUUUCCAACAGUUGUAUCCAUGGGUCAUAGCUUCAUCCUGCGGUACCUCCAUGGUUAUAAUAAAUUUCUUCAGAGCUGAAAUGGUUAGCAUAUACCUCUAUUCCAAAUUAUCUUUAGUGUUAUCGAGAAUAUUAAGGACCAAAUUUUUGUAUCUUGAGCCAUAUUUUAGAAAUCACAAAUCACCAGAUGAUCUGGAUGAAAAGUUCACAGAAGAACUUAUUAAAACCACCUGGGCAGAUUAUAUUUCUGAUACAGCGUUAGUCCUAUUGUUGGCCAGACAGUUCAGCCGACACGUUCUUAAGAGAAUGCAAUUUAUUACAAAGCUGGUCUUGAUAUUCGACAGUAACGCUACUCCAGAUGAAUGCUUAUGCAUUCAAAACCUUUUAGCUUUGGGUAUUCUGAGCUAUGCACGCGAUUUUCUGAGAUUUUAUCUAGCUUGUCUAAGAUCUAGGGAGUUAAUGGAACUUCAAAGCAUUGUGGAAGAUGAGGGAUUAUCGUGA